AUGUCAGAUGGUUGGACGGAUAGAAAAGGUAGAACCUUGAUUAACUUUUUGGUCAAUUGUCCGACGGGAACCACGUUUGUGAAAAAUGUCGAUGCUUCUGACUAUGGCAAGACGAGAGAUAAGCUAGUUGAGUUAUUGGACACUUUUAUUGAGGAAAUGGGUGAACAAAAUAUUGUUCAAUUGAUUACCGACAAUGGAAGUAAUUAUGUAGUGGCGAGUAAAAUAUUAACUUCCAAAAGGCCAAACAUGUUUUGGACUCCAUGUGAAGCCCAUUGUAUAGACCUUAUGUUAGAAGACAUAGGAAAAAUUCCAAAGGUUGAUAAGGUUAUAAAAAAUGGAGUUAAGGUUAUGGGUUACAUUUAUAACCACACAUUUGCUUUGAAUCUAAUGAGAAAGAUUACUGGCAAUGUUGAAUUGGUUAAAAAUGGAGUGACAAGAUUUGUUACAUCUUUCCUUAUUCUACAAAGGUUGCAAGAACUAGAAAGUAAGCUUAGAGAGAUGUUCACUUGUGAUGAAUGGGUGAGUUUCAAGUGUGCCAAGGAUGCUAAAGGAAAAAGGGCAACUAGUAUUAUACUUAUGGUAUCAUUUUUUAGUGAUGUUGUGUACACUCUUAAGAUCAUGGCGCCUCUUGUAGAUGUGUUAAAAAUGGUUGAUAACGAAAGAAAACCCGGAAUGGGUUACAUAUAUGUCGCAAUGGGGGUAGUGAAAGAAUCAAUUGAAAAAGCUUUUAAUUCAAAUUCAAAAAUUGAGAAUGAUCCUAAAUUGGUGAGAGGCCUCCGUAAAUGCAUUGAGACACUUAGUGAAAGCGAUGAAGUGGAAGACAAGAUUUCAGUACAAUUGGCACAAUACAAGGUUGCUACAAGUCUCUUUGGUAUAAGAGCGGCAAUUAAACAAAGGUUGACAUUAGCUCCAGUGUUGAGUUUAGGUUGCAAUGCUUCAAAUUACCGAAACAAGUGGGAUUAA